AACUCCCACAUUAUACAAUCCCCACUUCUUAAUACUUUUCAUGCAUUGCUUGCUUCUGUACUAUCCCCAUUUAAUUUCCUGUUUUAUAGUUUUGCCCUAUUUUUUACAUCUUUCAAGGAUUUAAGUUAAUUCACAACUAGUUGUGACAGAAAAAGUUUUCAAAAUUGAGACUGCAAAGAGGAACUGCAAGCGUUUGGACCAAAAAAACAGCAAUUGAAACAAAUUGGAAAUCAGAUUUUAAACGAAGAAAUAACAAGAGGAGCACUGUGAGCAAAGGCAAGUCGCUGAGCAAGAAAGACAAAGUUUGAUAUCCGGCAGAGGCUGCUACGAGGGGGAGGUUGGACAAGUUACAGCAGUCAACAGAUUAAAACCUCUCAAUGGCAUACAGACUAUUUGAAGGGAAGAAACAUGCUUCCAUCUACCAGCAGUAUCGUUUUACGCCUCCAGCUGAGCUCAAGAAUGUAAUCAUUCAGUACUUGGACACAAAGAAAGGACAACCACAUGAGCUCGCAGUAGAUCUGGGAUGUGGAACAGGUCAGUUUACUCGUCUGCUGGCGCCACACUUUAAAGAAGUGGUCGGCAUGGAUGUCAGCGAGAACCAGGUGGAUGAGGCCAGAACUGUGCCAGGAGACCCCAACGUUACAUACCGUCAGGGGACAGCAGAGGACCUUCCUUUUGAAGAUGGCACUGUAGACCUGUUGACAGCAGCUUCAGCAGCCCACUGGUUUGACAAGUCCAAGUUCCUGCCCGAAGCGAACCGGGUCUUGAAACCUGGAGGCUGCAUUGCUCUGCUGGGCUUCAGUGACACCAAUGUCAGAUUUAACUACAAGGACUGUGGAGAUGGAAUCACCCAGAUCUAUCAAGAGGUGAAACAGGUGCUGCAGCCGUACACGAGCAACCCAGUCGCCGUGUCUGAAGGUAAACUGCAAGACCUGUUUUCUGCCAUUCCUUACCCAGAAAAACGCAGGAUGGAUAAUUUUCCAGUAAAAACGUUGCUCUCUGUGAGGAACCUGGUUGGCUUCAUCAGAACUUGGUCCAUGUUCCAGACCUACGAGGAGAAAGACCCACAGGGUGCUGAAGAUCUGCUGGCCAACAUUCAGAAAAGGAUCUUGGAUGUAAUGGGAGUCACUUCUCCUGAUACUGAAGUUGAACGGGACUGGGCAUAUUUCUGUGUUUUGGCAUCCAAACCGCUAUAAUCCUAAACAGCUUAAACACACACUUGUAGUUUAGGAAGUGCUUUAUGUAUCAAACAAAUGCAUAAUGUUUAAAAGUCUACAUGUUGAUUAUGACUUGAUUUUUCUCAAUUAAUGUUCAAAUUCUUGUUUCACAAAAUCUUUUGAACAAAGUUUGAAACAACAAACUUGUUAUGCUUUUGAUAGUUUGCACAGAGUUCACAGACCUGAACAAAAUAUUUUUUAUAUCUCACAUGCCGAUGUUAAUUUGUUUAAAUAAAGUCCGUAUAUUUCACCCACAGUUUUGGAACUUUGCACAUUUUUAUAAUGACCUUUUUAUUUA